AUGGCUUCCCCCAUAUCUUUCGGAGACGCAUAUACGAUGGCCAAGAUUGCCUACCGCUUGGGGAGAGCAUUUACCAAGGGCCGCAAGUCUGCCCCAGCCGAGUUCCAGGAGGUCGAAAAUCAACUAUACGCGCUCAGCGCGGCCCUAGAGUCUCUCAAGAAAGCGACAGAUAAGGGAGAAAUCCGAGGCGAGUCAGGCCUUGACCCCGAUAAUGACCCGAUAACCAUUAUGCUGGCAAACUGUAACGAGACACUAUCCCACUUGGACAAUCUUGUCAAGGAAUACGGUAGACUUUCUAGCACCGGAGUUGAAAGCACUGGCAACGAGCCCGCAUUCACUCGGAUUGGCAAGAAGAUCAAGCGGAACUGGCAGACGAUUCAGUGGACCACCGAGGGGGGAGAUCUUGCGACUCUUAGAAGCCAGUUAAUUCUUCACACCAACUGUCUGGGCUUAGUCCUCGGUGCUGUCAACAACACGAGAACUGCCAAGAUGAGCACUCAAGUCUCCGAGUCCGCAGAGAUCCUACAAAAGCUAUACCAGUUGUUUCUCGCCAACACGGAAAACUCCGAAGUUCAAAAUACAGUUGUACAGCCAGGCGUCGAGGCCCAAGAUGGCCCUGCCAUUAUUUACUUCAGGCUACAGGCUGAUAACUUUGUCUGUAAUCGAGCUGCACUUCGGCUGUUAGAUCGUUCUAUGGAUCAGCCGAGAGACAAGCAAAGCAAUGUAUUCCAGUGCCAUUGCUCACAUCACGGAACCGCAAGCACCGAACUUCAUACGGAUCAAGUAUCUGCAUUGACAUUCUCUCCGUCAAGCUUCCCAGUCAGACUAUCCGGUAACCCGAGGUCCUGGAUUGUCUACAAGAUGAAGAACAGAGAUACGCACCAGCUACAAAACCUCACAAUUCGGUCAUCGAAUUUGAAAUAUAUGUCUAGAUUUGAAGAAGACUUCGUCGAUCAACUUGCGAUUCGCAAAGCACAAGAACUUCUACAGCAAGGCAUAAAUACAACAGUGGCUCAUCUAUCUCCGGCAGCGGACAGUGUCAGAGUACUCAGCUUGCUCGGGAAUACCUCCUCGACGCAGUUCAUCGAUUCAAUUACCUUUUCAUCCGACACAAGGUCGUUCACUCGGGAUGCCAUUGCAUCAGUUAACCUAUUUCACUAUAAGUCGUUGCCUACGAGACAUGUAGCUGAUGAUGCUGUUCAGUCGUCCCAAAUCUCAUACGAUAAUUGCGCUGAGCUCGUCUUUCACUAUAAAACAAAAGAGGGCAUUUCUAAGGACAUUUCGAAAUCUAUUGUGUACUCGACCGAUGCGUUUCAACUCAAAUUGCGCGAGAUGCAAGUAGACUUAUUCGCCAUCAGCCAUCUAUAUCCUCGUUCAGAUGAGUCUCUACUUCUCCACUUGCAAGCGGACGAGAUCUUAUUCGAGGACCUGCAUAUCGAAAAUGGCAUCAUUGACAUUGUUGUAUCUCGGACAAACAACCAGCAUCGCCUAAUCAUACGAAGCGAAAAUGGAUAUGCAGCACUGAGUCAAGAGUUGCCCGAGGAUUUCAUAUCAUCUUUGGAACAAGGGGCGCCGCCUGAUAUGAGUGCUCCCACCUGCGAAAUACGGAUGCAGGAGAGAGACGGGGCAGUCUAUCGCCAAGUACGGAAAAGGGAUGGGCUUGGGCGGUUUCAUAUAAGCGUUGCCGCCACUUACAAUAAUCCGCUGCUGGAGCUAGGCCUUUUAACGCUUACAAGUUGA